AUGUAUCUGUGUAGGACGCAGAAGAGCGUCACCCUGUCUUCGACGGAAGCGGAGUACGUGGCGAUGUCUGAUGGGAUGAAGGACGCUAUUUUUCUGCGGUAUCUGUGGAAGUUUAUCUUUCCGGGCCGUGAUGUGGGGUGCACGCCGGUGUGGGAGGACCACGUAGGCGCUAUUCACUUGGCAAGUAACCCGGCUACUACUCCUAACUCGAAGCACAUCGACAUCCGCCACCAUUUCAUCCGUGAGCGUGUAGCACGGGGGGAGUUCAAGGUAGUCCACGUACGGUCUGACCUGCAACGCGCGGAUUUCUUGACCAAACCGCUCCCCAAGGAGACUUUUUGCGCGCAUCGUGACUUCGUGAUGAAUAUUCGUUGA